GAAGCGUUCAGGAAACAAAUUGUAAAACAUGUUCUUCUCACCGAACAAUAGCAGACAGGGUAAACUUUUAUUUCGUUUAUCAUGAGCUCAACAACGAGGAGUAAAUCUCAUGUUUCGGUACUGACGUCAGCGAUAAAUCCACUUGCAAACCCAAGAGGAGCGAAAAAGCUUUGUGAGCUUUGUCAAAACCUUGCGUACCUGCAAUGCACCAAAUGUCGAGUAACUUUCUACUGUGACACGGAACACCAGCAGGCUGACUGGGUAGGAAUCCAUGAGAAGAUCUGCCAGCUGCUCAUCCCCAUCCGCACCGCAAUGCCCUUCCACAGCCUGCAGGCGGACCGAGACCACCACCGCGCCCAGAUACUGCACAGACAAGAGGAGCUGAUUGAGAUCUCCAGGGCUGUGGCUCAGAAGAAGCUGUUCGAGGGGAAGUAUCAGGAGUCACUGCCUGCCGCCCAGCUCUCCCUGCGCUGUGCUAUGGAUGUCUACGGCCCCAGUGCUGUCCAGCUGGUCCCUGCAUACCUCCUGCUGGCGGAGGCAAAUGUGGGUUUGGGCAGUCUGUCCCAGGCAGAGGGGUACCUGUCUCAGGCGGAGUGGACGGUGAUGAAGACGCCCGAGUGUAGCCACACCGUCCGCCACCAGCUGCACCGCAACCUGGGUCGCCUCUACACCGCCACGGAAAACCUGGAGGGAGCGCUAUUGCACUUUGCCAACGACGUGUACUAUGCCAGUGAGGAGUAUGGCUUGGAUAACAUUGUCACUUGUGGUGGCUACUUUCUGAUGGCCAAUGUCUUUAUCAAGCAAGAAAAGAUGGAUAUUGCCAGUUCCUUAUACACUGAGGUAGCAAGUACAUGGCACUCUCACCUCACCAAACUUUUGGAGACGCAUACUCCAGGAUCCAUGACGCUGGAGCACUCUUUUGAUGAAGCUCAGCAGGCGGAAGCGGACCAGAUGCUAAGGGCCAUGCUGAAGGUUCAGGAGAGUAGCCCCAAGCAGGCUACGGCCCAGAACACCCUAGUGGCCCACUCUCUGGCCAUGCUGUGGUUCCUGGGAGGAUCCCCAGACAAGGCACUGGAGUUUGGCAGGAAGGCCCUGCAGUCCAGCCAGCUGGUCCCAGACCAUAGCCUAACAGAGCCCAUCCAGGGCCUGCUGCAGCUGGCAGCAGAGAGAGGCCCACACCUUACCAUCGCAAGCUGACUGCCCGCCUGCCUGACCGCCGGUCUUCUUGACUGCCUGUCCAUCCACCAGCCGGCUACCUCCUCAGCACAACACAAAAGAAGCACACUCUAUACAUGAAAAAAUGGGCCAUAGUAGAAUUAUUACAGAAUAAAAGAUGUUGUGACUUUC